AUGCGAUAUUCGCCAUACACAUCAGGGUAUCGGGAUGCUCCUUGCCCAAUUUCGCCCUGCAAGCUUCUAUUACCUGCGAGAAGAGCUUCUCGGCCUCAGGCCCGGGACCUGCUCGCGCUCCAUCAACGUUACGGCCCCGCAGUCCGCAUUUCGCCCACCGAAAUCUCUUUUUCAUCCGCGCAAUCAUGGACUGACAUCUACGCGCCGCGAAAAAGGGCCGAGUUUAUCAAGUCCCCUUUCUACGAUGGCGGCAACUUUGCGGAUAAGGCGCAUAGUAUCGUCUCGGAGCGAGACCCGGUCAAGCAUGCGCAGAUGAGGAAGUUUUUGGCGAGAGCGUUUAGUGAGCAGAGCCUGAGAGAACAGGAGGGAAUCAUUGAUGGCGUUAUCCAGAGAUGGGUGGAUAGGGUUGGAGAGGUCAGCAAAGCGGAGGGAACGGUUGAUUUGACGAGGUGGUUCAAUUUGAUGACCUUCGAUAUCAUUGGAUUACUGGCGUUUGGGAGGGAUUUUGGGGGAGUAGAAAGUGGCAAGACUCACUUCUGGAUUUCCGAUGUCCUGGGUAGCAUGUCACAGGCCAGUCUUUCCGAUACUCUGGCACGCUUCCCUUGGGCUGGUAAGAUCUACAUGCUCCUCCGACCAGGCUGGCUGAAGAGUCUUAUGGCCGCAUCGCAGCGUCACCAAUCCUACACGAUGAAAGUGACCACGCAGCGAAUAUACGAAAAGACUGAUCGCAAGGACUUCAUGUCUUAUCUCCUAUCCGACCGCGAAGAAGAAGCAAUCUCUGAUGUCCAACUCGCAGCCCAUGCGUCUGACUUUGUGAUCGCCGGCUCCGAAACAACCGCCACAACCCUGGCCGUCUGUAUUCACCACCUAUUGCUCACCCCAUCCAUCCUCCAGAACCUCACCAAGGAAAUCCUCUCGAAGUUCUCCACAUAUUCCGAAAUUACGGCUUCCUCGAGCGCACGGCUGAAAUAUCUCCACGCCGUGAGCCUCGAAGCGUUGCGUAUUUUCGCUCCCCUCCCGUUGGGACUACCGCGGGUCGUGCCCAGGGGGGCGGAGUAG